GCCGCUCUCAGAUUCCUUUGCCUUGUAUGGCUAAAGGCUCCAGACGCGCCUGGCCGCGGGACGCUGACCUUAUUGGCCGGCUCAGGAACAGGGAGGUGUGGAGAAACGCCUGAAACACCAAACAAACUUCCCUUCAGCCCAGCGGAGGAACAGACCCAAGGCACACAGACCUUCUCUCACCCCUUUCAACAGGAAAACAAGAACCAAACCCUACAGUCAGAAUGUCUGCAGCCAAGCGUGCCAAAGGAAAGACCACAAAGAAGCGGCCACAGAGGGCCACGUCCAACGUCUUCGCCAUGUUCGACCAAUCACAGAUCCAGGAGUUCAAAGAGGCCUUCAACAUGAUCGAUCAGAACAGAGACGGAUUCAUCGAUAAAGAGGAUCUACACGACAUGCUGGCCUCCCUGGGGAAGAACCCGUCUGACGAGUACCUGGAGGGAAUGAUGAGCGAAGCUCCCGGACCCAUCAACUUCACCAUGUUCCUCACCAUGUUUGGAGAACGUCUGAACGGAACCGACCCCGAAGACGUCAUACGAAACGCCUUCACAUGCUUCGAUGAAGAUGCUUCUGGUUUCAUCCAUGAGGACCAUCUCCGCGAGCUGCUGACCACCAUGGGGGAUCGUUUCACAGAUGAAGAAGUGGACGAGCUCUUCCGCGAGGCGCCGAUCGACAAGAAAGGAAACUUCAACUACGUGGAGUUCACUCGCAUCCUCAAACACGGAGCCAAAGACAAGGACGACAUAUAAAAACCAGCAUCUGAUGACAUGAAAUCACCUAGUUAACAUAUAAUAGACCAGAUCAAAACAACACAAAAACAAAAGCACCCUUUAACAUGAAGAUAACGAUAUGAAAAUAAACAUAACAA